AUGCGGUCAAUAAUUUUAUUUACUUUUGUUGCGCUGAUAGCCGAGAGUGCAACCCAGGAGGAGGAGCAUCCGCUGCCCGAUUAUUUGGUCUUUAUGAAGCAAUUUAUGGUGAACAUACAAGCUCGUGAACCAUCCGGGAUCAUGGUGUGGACAAGGGACAGUCCGUUGAUUGAAAUGUUUGGAAUAGAACUCUACGUUGGGAAGCAUAAUCACAGCCAUCACGAACCAAUCUGGGAUCGUCAGCUAAUGGUCAACGUAACGGACACCGUGCACGGGAAAUUUCUCAUUCAAGACGAAGAGAUGCUCAUCGAAGCGGGUGACACGAUUCGAUACAGAUUUUUGGUCCUACACAAGCGGACGGUAUCGCACAGCAACUACCGAAGGAUAUUGGUUACAGAUCACCUGUUUUAUCGACCAAGGAACUAUCAUUGCUUCUCUCAGUGUUUAAUAACAGAACAGGAAGGGUAUCACGAAGAGGCUGCUAGGGUGAAAGAAAUACUCGAACGAAAGAUAGAGCAAUGUGUGGGAUCGCAAGGCUCGGAACAUCUCUUCUUUCCCUUGACCGGCGCUACGAAGCUGGUGAGCGAUGCACAGUAUUUCGUAAAAUAUCGUCUUUGGCAACUCGAAGAUCUAAGACCAGAGGUGGACAGUAUAGUCACAACAACGUACGUGGCCCAGAAUGGUGUCGGGUUUAAAAUGAGAACCAUAGUUGAUAAGUUGAAGGUUUUGGAGCUGGCGAGAGGCAGAUUGGAUGUGGUUGACUUUGAUACCAUGCUGCAGAAUGCUUAAAGUGAUGCCAUGGCCAAUGCUGCACGACAAUAACGUUUUUAUUAAAUGUUUUAUUAAUGA